GGAUCGUCGCGUUAACAGCUCCGCACACACGCGCGGUCCGCUCGGAGCACGCUCGGAACGCUUUCGGUUACCAAUCGGUUCCUCGAACGCCAUUGUUACCAACAAUGCGUUGACACUACGUUCGGAAGUGGCAUAAUUGACUCGAAUUGUUUCACUGAUUGUUUUUAACGAACGUUUUUGUUUUUUUUUUAAUCUGUGACCUUUUUAUUGAGUUAUUUUUUUUGUGUUGUGUGAUUGAUACGGAUAUCGGACCGGUCAGGAAGCGGUGAAAACAUUCAACGACUUCAAAGCCGCAUUCGACAUCAAACGACCCAACUAGCGUCAAUCCCGAGUGGCUAUUAAACGCUAAUUCAAUCAUAAAAACAAACAUGAGAGUCUAUUUCCGUACGAUUCGCGGUUGAAACUUACACAUGAGCGAACAAGACGUCGAAUGCAAACAAGAUACAUCGAAAGAGUCCGGAGAGAUGCAAACUGUAGUGUCCAAUUACGCAACGCCGAAUUUGAUUAGACAGGCAGACAGACUGAUCGACGUUCACAGCUAUAACACUGACGCCUCGUACACUGAGUACCAAUACGGGGAAGAGGUCGACAGACUGAGUCCUGAAAUACAAGAUGAAAAGAUCAAUGUUGAUGAUGAAGAUAAAGAGGAGGAACUGGUUAUAGCUGAUGAUGAUGAAUUUGAGAAAAAUGAGAGUUCAGAACCAAGAGAUGAUUCGGAUAGUGCCGCUAAAGCUAACGAUACUCAUAAUAUAAGUGACUGUGUUAAUAAAGAAGAAGUUAUCGAGCCGUCUUGGCAUCCCCACGUGUACGGGAAACCGCCGAAAAAACCAACGCCCCAUACAAUAGAAUAUAUUUUAGGAUUAUCGAAAAAUGGUGACGCGCCCAAAGAAGAACCGAAGCGUUCGACGGUAAGUCAACUGAUGAACGUCAAACGAAAUUUCGAUAGCAAAAAGAACUUUUCGUAUCAAGAGAAAAGUACGCAAGUGCCAAGAGACCUUACGGAUCGGAAGUUUAAUAUAAGUGUACAUAAGAACAAGCUGCAGGAACAGUUACUCCAGCGAGGUGUUAGAACUAGUGAGAGUGAAUACGAGAAUGUGCAGUUCGCGUUUAAGACUGACGAUCAACCACUGAAUCUGUCUGUGCCGAAAUCAAAAGACUCGCCUGUGUGGAGUUCCGGAGCUGAUGACGACAAAUUAAUAAAAGAUUCGAAGUUAAUGAAACGAAAGAAGUCCACUGAGGAUGUCCGCUCCCCCCUCGGAGGAGAGGGGUCGAUGACCAGUGAGGAGGGUGAGGAGGUUGGAAGGCGCAAGAAAGCUCGUACCACCUUCACUGGUCGGCAGAUCUUCGAGCUAGAGAAGCUGUUCGAGGUGAAGAAGUACCUGUCGUCCGGCGAGAGGGCUGAUAUGGCGAAACUGCUCAACGUUACAGAGACUCAGGUGAAAAUCUGGUUCCAGAAUCGAAGAACGAAAUGGAAGAAGAAGGACAACGUGUCCAACGCAGAAGUUGCUGAGAUUAAGCAGCAGAACAAACCGGGUGGAGAAGAGAAACCAGAAGAACCAAAGGACCCUCUAGCGCUAGACAUGUCCAAGAAGACUUGCAACAAAAUACUUAGCGAAAAGUUAAGAAGUACAAAAGUAGUCACACAAAACCUGCCAAAACCGAGAAGAGUCGAGAAGGGUGUCGUCCUAGAAUCUAUAUGCGACGCGAACGAUAUAGAAAGUAGAAUAUCGAUAACUAAAAUAACGAAUAAGCUAUCGAGCACAGAUUUAUCUGAAACAGUGUCCGUGAAAAGUUUUAAUCCUGAAGACGUUAAAGAUACAUACGACUCGUUGAGAGACGUUGAAAUGUGAACUAGAUAGAAUAUACGUUUGUGGUCUGGGCCGAUCUCUGAUAGGUUAUUUUUAUAAAAGAGUACGAGUGUCUGAAGGAAUUCUUGCUAUCUAACGCUACCUAUUUGUACAAUGAUUGUUUCUCGUAAAAUCUUACAAAAUUAGAUUAAUAUGUAUUUACAUAUUUUCGCGUCUGAGGAUUGGACUGUCUUAUAGUUUCAUAUUUAUUUGUAAUGUUUGCGUUAUUUAAAAAAAAAAUUGUAUACGAGUAGUUAGGAAAUUUAAUACCCAAGUAUACUUAAAUAUAAUAUUAAUGAAAUUGUAUUGAAAUAUACAAACUGUUAUAUAAAAGUACAUAUGUUUUCUUUAGUUAAUUUUUUUUUUCAAAUAGCAACACGUUAAAUGAAACAUUAGGAAAAGUAUAAAACUAUUUCAUUUCACAACUGCAAAGAAUUAAAAUAACCAAAUAUCAUUAAUAAUCAAAGGUCGAAUCAGACCACAAGUACACACUAAGAAACACUUUCUUCCUUGUGAUAAUACUCAGCAAACUUGUUAUCUACCACGCUAUUAUCGUCUUUAUACCACUGCAAUGUUGUACAUAGUUGUAUAACAUAAGUGAUUUUUCGUGCUAGAUUUUAUAUGUAUGUAGGAGUUUUAUUUGAUGUUGUCUAACAAACCGACAUUCUCUUCAUAACUAUAUAACCUUACAAUGCUGCUAUAAAGAAAAUUAAUAUAUUUUAUCUCAUAAAACGUUUCCACACGAACAAUUACAACAAAAACAUUCAUUUUAACUUUACAAUUGUAAUAUUUUAAUAGACCACCAAAAAACUACAUAUUAUCAUAUGAAAUAUCUUUUCAUUCUUCUUAUUAUCUAAUAAGUUUAUGUUUUUUUAAUUCCAAAUAUUAUAGUAUUGGUAAAGAGAAUAAAUGAUGUUAAAUUAUUUUGCAGAUGUUGUUGCCUUAAGAUGUCAUUAAUAUAUAAUAAAAACAAAAACGGUCCAAAUUUAAUCCCUAUAAGACGCCCUUUUAAUUUUAAAGAAACAAAUGAAAGUGUAUAGAUAAAUUUUGAAUCUCAAUUGAUUAUAUAAUACCUAUCUAUCACAUUUAUUGGCCGAUAAAAAAUCAAUUUGUAUUAACAAACUCAUUUUUCUGUAUGGUAUCCAUAGUAUUUUAAUAUAUUUAAUUCUUAAUAUUAUUUAUGGUAUGUACAAAAGUUUGAUAAGUCAAUCUUUUGUACUGUUUGUGCAAUAUUGUGCUACGUGUAUCAUGUUUAUGUAAUGUGAACUGUUUUAGUUUUAAGACACAUUUUUUUUUACCUUUAUCUGUAUCCAAUUUAACUAUUUAACUUUUUUAUCUGUAGAAGCUCUCUGCUUUAAUCUGCUGCGCUGCAGAAUUUAAGUUUUCGUAUUUUUUUUAUUAUUACUUUGUUUAAUUUGAGUAAAAUGUUAUAAAUACAACACAAUUUGUUACUUUAUUCUUACAUACAUUAUAUAUUUCUUCAAAAAACUUUCAAAUGCAUAUUGCCUCGUGACAACAUAUCAUUUUAUUUAGAAAAGAAAAUACUGGGAUAUUAUAUAAUUUGAACUCAAUGCUAAUGAAGAUUGAAGAAAUUCGCUUAAUUAUUCAUCAAAGCUUUUUCAAAUACUAACUUCUUAGUUAAGGCUAUAUAUCAUAUACAAAUAGACAGACAAAAAUAUGAUUUGCUUCCUAUAGAUAUAAGAGGAAAUUGUAAAUUAUUUAUUGAAGAGAGUUCAGGCGUUUUCGGAGAGCAAGUAGCUUAGUUUUAGAGAGAGUUCGGAAUGAGAAAUAUAAAUAGUUUUUCAUA